AUGAAGUACGAAGAGAUCGACUUCUUGUUGGGGAUGAUCAGGGUUAUUAGUUUUGGUGGUAUGGGGGUUUUGGGGAUGGGAAGUACCUACCUAGUAGCUAUAGCUGCCGCCAGCCGUGCGGAGCAAUACAUCUCUCAAUUACUUUCGGACGAUUCGAAUGUGAUCCACGAAACCACGAGGAUCGACUGCUAUGUUGGUAAAUAUGUUAUACCCAUUGACCCUGUGCUCCCUGAUGUUGUGGUUUGCUCACGGCGGCAAGGCAGUGUGCACUCCUGUGGCUCCGGACUACAAGCUACCGGUAUUGUUUGA